AUGCCUGUGUGGUGUGGUAUUGCACUCAGGAUGCAAUGGCUUGGUAAAAUGGUUGGAUGUGAGACUCAACAGUACCACCUACAAUGUGUUGCAUUGGAGAUAGCCCCACGAAAUUGGGUAUGCAAAGCCUUAGAGGAUCAGAGCGAUCAUGAUGAUGAUGUCAUAUUUCCAUAUAUAGGCAUGUGCCUGAUUACGUAG